AGGGGCGGCGGGGAGGGGGCGGGGGCGGGGCACGGAAAGGGGGUGUCCUCCCACUCCCACUGGUGCGGGGUCCGCACUGCGCCUCGGGGCAGCUCCCCCGGGACCGCCCGACACUGAGCUGGGUGGGGGCACGGCCGGCGUGGGGACACGCACCCACAUGCACACGCACCCCAUGCACCGACACGCCCACGGCAUGCGUGUUUGUACCCCUGCGCACGCCCACGCGUGCGAGCCCAACGCACACUCACAGGCACCCCCGGACACACUCGCACGCGGGCACGACUCCGCACACGCACGUGCAGGCACGCACCGCCCCGAGCGCGGACGGGCGCUGCCCUGCGCGCGCACACAACCGCCGCGUCACGCGUGGACACAGGCGCGAGCACAAGGUUACCAGCAUGCGCGCGCGCGGCGCCGCGCGCUCCAAACCCCGCGUGGGCCAGCGGGAAUGGCCGCCGGGAAAGGGGACAGCCUCGCGCAGGAACACGCGCGUGAACACAGGCCCCCGAGCGCGCGGAAGCCGACGUGAGCGCAUACGCACAGCCACCGCAACGCGCGUGAGCGCGGACGCUAGCACCCGCAGGCGCACCCACGCGAGGACACGCGCUGGCGCGCGCCGCGUACCCGCGCGCGCAAUCGUGGGCAGAAGCGGGGCGGGGGAAGUGUCAGAUGCCGCGUGCGGCGGGGCACGUACCGCCCCCUCCCCCACCUCCGCCCUGCCGCCGCCGGCUCGUCGCCGUGAGCCCCUCGCCGCCUCCCUCCGUGGCACCGCCCUCCCUCCCCGUGACAGGUCCCCACGUCAGCGCGGCGGGCGGGAGCGGGGCGUCGGCGGCGCGGGCACGGCGGGCGCUGUACGGGAAGCCAUGUCACCGUCCAUCCCUACCACCAUCAACAUCAGGGAGCCCCGCUGGGACCAGAGCACCUUCCAGGGCCGGGCCAAGCACUUCUUCAUGGUGACUGAUCCUCGAAACCUGCUGCUCUCAGGGGCUGCACUGGAGGAGGCUCGCCGGGUCGUGGAGGACUACAGGGCAGGCGUGGUACCCCCAGGACUGACAGAGGACCAGCUGUGGCGGGCAAAGUACAUCUACGACUCAGCCUUCCACCCUGACACGGGCGAGAAGAUGCUUCUCAUAGGGCGCAUGUCUGCCCAGGUCCCUAUGAACAUGACCAUCACUGGAUGCAUGUUGACCUUCUACAGGACCACGCCGGCCGUGCUGUUCUGGCAGUGGGUCAACCAAUCUUUCAAUGCCAUCGUCAACUACACCAACCGCAGCGGGGAUGCACCCAUCACCCCCAGCCAGCUGGGGACAGCCUAUGUGAGCGCAACCACUGGGGCAGUUGUCACAGCACUGGGGCUCAAAUCACUCACCAAGCACUUGCCAGCCAUCAUCGGCCGGUAUGUGCCUUUCGCAGCUGUGGCUGCUGCCAACUGCAUCAACAUCCCACUGAUGAGGCAGAGGGAGCUCAAGCUGGGGAUCCCGGUCACGGAUGAGAAUGGUAAUCGCCUGGCUGAGUCCACAGCCGCAGCCCAGAAGGCCAUUUUCCAGGUGGUGGUGUCCCGCAUUGGCAUGGCAGUCCCAGCCAUGGCCAUUCCCCCGGUCAUCAUGAAUGCACUGGAGAAGAGACCUUUCCUGAAGCGGUACCCAUACCUGAAUGCUCCUCUGCAGGUUGGCCUGGUGGGACUCUGGUAAGUUGCCCUUCACUGAUGGGCAGCACUGCCCCAGGAGCAGCCCAGGCAUGAGUAUGGGGAGUAGUGCUGCUGGGG